GGUCGCUGGGCUUUCCGUGCCGCUUGUCGGGGUCCGCGCUCUCGCUCCCUGUGUCUCCCAGCCUCGGCCGUUCUCCCCGGCUUCGGCGUCGGUCCCGAGGACCAAGCCCUGCGCACCCCAGCUGAGAGAGAUGGAGGAGCUGGGGUGCCGCGCAGAGGUCGUGGAAGAAGCGACAGCGUGCUCCUUCACCAGCCCUCUGUUCCAGCAGGAAGACAAGAGUGGGGUCACCUACCGGAUCCCAGCCCUGCUUUACAUCCCUCCCAGCUGUACCUUCCUGGCCUUUGCAGAGAAGCGUUCCACGUGCAAGGAUGAGGAUGCUCUCCACAUGGUGCUGAGGAGAGGGUGGAGGACUGGGCACUCAGUACAGUGGGAACCCAUAAAGCCACUGAUGGAAGCCACAUUACCUGGGCAUCGGACCAUGAACCCCUGUCCCGUGUGGGAGCAGAAGAAUGGCCACGUGUACCUCUUCUUUAUCUGUGUGCGGGACCACGUCACUGAGUGUCAACAGAUUGCGUCAGGCAGGAACGCUGCCCGCCUCUGCUUCAUCUAUAGUCAGGAUUUUGGCUAUUCGUGGAGCGAGGUGAGGGACCUGACUGAAGAGGUCAUUGGGCCAGACGUGAAGCACUGGGCCACAUUUGCUGUGGGCCCAGGUCAUGGCAUCCAGCUGCAGUCGGGGCGACUGGUGAUCCCUGCGUAUGCCUACUACAUCCCUUACCAGUCUAUUUGCUGUCGGCUACCAUGUAAAGUCAGGCCUCAUUCCCUGAUGAUCUACAGUGAUGACCUAGGAACUACCUGGCACCGUGGCAGACUCAUUAAGUCCACAGUGACAGUAGAGUGUGAAGUGGCAGAGGUGAUCAGGUCUACUGGCCACCCUGUGCUGUAUUGCAGUGCACGGACACCAAACAGAUACCGAGCGGAGGCUCUCAGCACUGACCAUGGUGAUCACUUUCAGACAGUGACCCUCAACCAUCAGCUCCAUGAGCCCCCACAUGGCUGCCAGGGCAGUGUGGUUAGUUUUCCGCCCCUGGAGCUCCAACAUGGGUGCCAGGAUCCUAGUGGCAAAGAUGCUGCAAAACUGUCAAAAUCAUGGCUCUUGUAUUCACACCCAGUCAGCAAGAAACGGAGGGUGGACCUAGGCAUCUACCUCAACCAGAACCCCAUGGAGGCUGUGUCCUGGUCCGAGCCCUGGGUCUUACACUAUGGGCCCUGUGGCUACUCUGAUCUGGCUGUUCUGGAGAAUGAGGGUUUAUUUGGGUGUUUGUUUGAGUGUGGAACCAAGUGUGAGUGUGAGCAGAUUGCCUUCUGCCUCUUUACAGGCCAAGAUAUCCUGAACCACGUGCAAGGGAACUGCACCAGUCCCGGUAGUAACCCUAGCCAAUUCAAAAUGAGCUAACUGGCUCAGCAUGCACCUUUCCAUAGAAGGGAAACCAAGAAAAACCACAGCCAGGGUGACGGAGACCAGGACAACAGAGGUCAUUGAAGUCUCCAUAGAACCCCAAAACAAUAUUCUGUUCCCUACCUGUUUUCACUGCUCCUUUCCCAAGAGCAAAAUGAAACUUUGGCCGUGAGUACUGCCAUGGAAAGAGCACUGCACUAGGAGCUGCCUUGCUUUGGGACCUUGGACAUGCCUCCUGAACUCUCUAGGCCCCUGGUCCGUCUCCACCUGUGAAAUGACUGGACCGAUACUGUGAUUUCUCCUCCUCCCCCCCUUACCAGGGGCAGAGUGCCUGCAGGCUCCCUGACAGCAAGUCCUGGUGUCUGCACGCUCAUCUCAAAAUGAAAGUCAUUUUCAAAUGACUCACCACUCAUCCAAGUGGGAAGUUACCAGCAGGUAGCAAUACGAAGGAAUAUCUGGAUGGUUUGGUUUGUUUUUAAUAACAAAAACACCCACACUCUUGUAAUCAUGCUCAGAACUCUGCACGCUCUGGUCCCAGAGGAACUGGCCAAAGAGAAUCGUGAAGUCAACUACCUUUGCAGCCCUGCUGAACCUUCCCUUCCUCCCCUGAAAGCACUCUCUCCUAGGGAGAAAAGGCAAAGCUCAGUGAGGUGACAGUGGUCCUUAACGCUAUUUUGUGUUUCUGGUGGCACUGAAGUUCAUUUAUGAGCAUGGUUCCUGAUAGGAAAAGGACAUGGGUUAGAACUUCAAAACGUGAAAACUUCCCAAAGUCUCUGCCUCAGCAUCUCCCUCUUUGUGAGAGAGAGAAAACUCAAGAAAAUAAAUGCUGCUGGUGGGCUAGUGCAUAGAUGCUGGGUCUAAAUUGUGGAUGAGGGCAGCUCCUGGCGUCACUGUGUUAGCUUUAUCCUCAUUGAGACUGAAGUCACCCACCCCAUGGCUUAUCCAGGCUGCUGGGUUUCCUCCCAUUUCUUUUGUCUCAGAAUGUUGUGCUGGCCCAGCUAUUCCUUUACUCAUGGAGAAGGUCUUCACCAUUAGGAAGGUGUUCGGACCCCCAGACCUCUGAAUCAGGCCUGUUUGUAUCAGCUGAGGUCAUUAUGAAGUAGGGGUGCUGCUUUACUAGAUUUGAACUGAACUUUCCAGGUGCUAGGGCUCCUAGAUGGGGCCACAUGGGCUGCUCUCAUCUCAGAUGGUUUCUCCUGUAGCCUGGGGUUGUGACAGAAAUUCUAUUCUGCAAAAUUAAUUUUUUGUCCCUAUUUCUGGAAGAUAAUGCCUUCAGUUGGUAUCAGGUAGGUAAACUUGAUGCUGAGUGAUGACCCCAGAAAGCAAGUCUUGGUUGUGGCACAAAGCUUGGGAGGCCAGAGGUUAACAGUUUCACUGGUCUGAUGGGGGAAGAGUUCUGCAGGAUUAAAUGGAGAUUAACUUCAACUGCUUUCUCAUCUGGUUUAAGCCCAUAGCUUGGAGUGAGUUAAAAUUUCCUUAACCUUUCCUGUAUUUGCCAAAGUUACCUUCCCAAUACACAAUGCUAAUCAUUCAUUCACUCAUUUAUACUCUUAUCUAGCUAUUUCUUGAGUACCUGUGCCUACAUAAGGUGCUUUUUAUUGCCAUUCAUUGGUUGAGAAUCACCUGUGGCUCUGCAUUGCCUACUAAAAUGUGGGCUUGUGCCUACUAAAUUUACCUGGACCUUCAGUUAUUGGGUGAAAAACACAAAUACUUAACCUCUCUUUCUUUAUAUGAAGCCCACUGUCAGAGAAGACCUGUUGAGUUGCCAAGUGGAAGGGGGGAGGGAUCUGAGUGGGUGGAAUUGGUGGUGCAGGGAGGAAUAGGGGAAGAGGUGAGGAUUAUAAGGCGGUUCCCUCCUGAGUACUAGAAACUUCUUGUUCAGCCAAGCCUUCCUGAGCACCUGACUCCAACUGUGUAGGAGUAAGGAGGACAGCUAAGUUCUACGACCAGGGCUGAAGCAUGGAGAGAAUCAAGACUUCUUUGGGACUCUCCAAGAAGAGAGUCAAGGAAGGAACCUCAACCCCAUGCAUGUGGGGGGCACAGGUGUCUGGUUAUCCGGGAGCACAGGUGUCCAGUACUAUUCUCAUCCCUUUCUAAGUUACUCUGUUUCCUCCUUUCUUUGCCUCGUAUUUGCCGCCCCUCAGUGACAAGCAGUGAAACCUGUAAUAGAGAAAGGACCUUGAUGCUCAUUUCAGGAAUAGCAAGAGGGUUAGGAUGGGGGUAACUCAGAAUGAGAACUAGAGAGGGAGACAAAGUAGGUGAUGGCAGCGGUGCAGAGAAAACACCUUUAGGAAGGUGUCCUGACACCUUUAGGGAGAGAAAGUGGCACGGACAUGAAGGGAGGGGUGUUGUAGGUGGUAGCUGCUGUGAAGAAGAAAUGACAGGCUGGAGCUGUCCCCAGAACAUGUGGGAAGGGUAAGAGGCCUAUACAGGCCAGCAGGCUAGGGUGCAGAGAACUUCCCACCCAACGCUGUACCUUUCAGUUGCCUCAGCCUGUCCAUGUUCCAGGCGACUAACAAAUGACGAUGGGUAUUCCUGCUCUGUGCCAGUACCCAAGGUCUUCAGGCCCUCGGGCCUAUACUGUAAUGCUGAGAUCUUAACUGAGCCCAUUCAGUCCCCUUUGAGGUGCUAUAAUGGAAAGUGUAAGGCAGGUGAUGGUAGCUGUGAAGAUAAGUGGAACGCAGACUGGACACUCAUGAUCUAGAGGCAUGAGGAGAAGACCACUACAGUCGUGGUCCUUUGCCCCCAGAUGCCCACCCUGUCCUUGGCCCCUUGGGCUGGUUCUGUCCAAUGCACAUGGCCUGGCUCUGCAAGAGCAGGAAAACAGGCAGGGGCCUCAUGUGGCUGGUAGGCAUCGAGUCCUGUCUCCCACUGUCAGUCCUGCUGGUCCUGCUCAUUUGCCCUAACUCCUGGGCUCCGGAUAUCUACCUCAGCACCUUGCUAUUUGGAGGCUUCAUUUGGCCCUGCUUCUCCUGCUCAUCAGUCUCCCAAGACACCCACAGGAUGUCAUGCAGCUGCAGCCGCAGGGGGAGAGAACUUGCACCUGCCUAUGGGGAGCUCUGGAUGCCCACAGGGCUCAACCUGAUGCUGCCUCCCUCUUCUCCUCCUCCCCCCCACCCCCCAGGACAGUGGGACUUGAUACUUCCUCUUAGACUAGAAUAGACUGCUCAGUCUUUAUGUGGAUUUCCCCCACUGCAUUAUUCAGCAGAUGUCCUGCCAUCUGUUGCUGGCGUGUACAGCCUGAGCCUCCCUUUGGUUGUCACCACGCGUUGCCUUGUACAGUUUUCUGUGUGUGGCUCUAGGCCUCUGCUGGGCUGCAAACUCCUGAGGGUCAAGUCUGUCUGACUUCUCUGUGUCCUUUUUACUUUGAAUCACAACGACUUAUUUACAAAUACAUGAUUUUCCUAUCAUAUUCUAAAUUCCCUGAAGGUCAGGACUGUGAUUCCUUUCUUUGACCUCUGCAACCUGCGCCAGGCCUGGCACAGAAUAGGUGCCGGUAAAGCUAAGCUGAAUGACUAAAGGAGACAGAGAUCUUGGCCUCAGGGAGCUGAUUGAGGAGACUAAGGCAGCUCCCCGGACCCCCACCAGGAGGAACGCGAUGCAUCCCUCCGUGGCUUGCACAGCUUUCUAAAUCUGCUCACACUUGCCCUGAAUGAGUGUUCUGCCCACGUCAGCCAGCCACAUUAGAUCCUGGGGUGGGGCUUCUCUGGUUUGAGUUUGGUCCUGCCUGGAUGUCCCAGGGUCACCGCUCACGGCCAAAGCCAAGGCUCAAUUUGGGGUUCUCGCUUCCCUGGCAUGUCGCCUUGUCCCUCAUCAGACUCCUGUAACCGCCACUCCUCCAGGCCUUGAGGGAGAUGCUGGAACUCGGUGUGUUCUGAAUGUGUCGUGAUUCUGUGAUACCAAGUGCCAGACAUGUUCUCUUGCAAAAGCCACUGUGACUCUGAAGCGAGGAAGAGGGAUAAAAAGCUUAAAUCCUUUUCAUGGCUUUACUGGUUUUCUUUUUUUUAAGGAAACUGAAAUGACUGUCAUCCUAAUACUAAGUUGUACCCAGAUUCUUUCAACAAAGUGGAUUUGAGGCACUUUUGCUUUUCAUUAGAACAGUUACUUUCGGAAAACUUUAAAAAUAACUCUUUGGGCCUCCCUGGUGGUGCAAGGGGUUAAGUCUCAGCACUAUAAAGCUGCCAUCAGCCACUGCAGCACGGGUUCUAUCCCCGGCCAGGGAGCUACCCACAUGGCACAGCAGACCUCUCCUGACUUGCCCGCUGCUCUCCUCAGCAAUUAUUUCAGCAUAUCUGCCUGUUCUGCUCCCCACUCUGUCUCUGGUGAAUCCUCUCACCACCCUGCACCUCUGGCCUACCCCCCAGCUCUUGUAAGCAUAA